UUGAGCUAGCAAAGGGUAGGUAGAGAAACAUCCACUCUCACAAAACAAAACUGAAGACUGCAUAAAAUAAUCAUACUGAAGACUGAAGUGUUCCACUGUGGAAGGGGCCAGAGAGCAUCUGACAUCAGCAAAGGACCUCAAAAGCAAGUAGGCUGUGUGUUAACAAACUCAAAGCUGAGUGCAACCACAAAAUUGGAAGACAAUGCACUGUGGCCCUAUAAAUAGAAAGGAGAGUUUCUUUUGCUAGGUAGGAAGCUUUGCCGACUCUAUGUACAGCCUAUAGUGUAACUCUGCAUCAUUAAUCAGAGAGAGAGAGAGAGAAAGAGAGAGAACGCUGCCCCCUGGAAUACGGAAAUAUUCAGUGUGCACAGAGUGUCUCACAUAUUUCACUCUGACAUCUUACUACCAUGUUUUUCAACAUGGUAGUGGUUAGUGAAGAGAGAUUGGAUUGGUUGUUCUCAGAACAGAGUGCUGGAAUUGAUGCACACAUCACUAGCAUCCUUGUUGGAGUGGCUGUCGCAUGAAUUCUUUGGAGAUCCCUGGAGAAAACAGAAAGAAAGUGAAACGGUAUGAAUAAAGUUGUCCAUCCAGAUUUCUUACUGCUUCCUCAGGAGACUCCACUGUUUUGAAUAAGGAGUUCAACCACUACUGGAGAGAACGGUCCAAAUGCUCAUGUCUGGUCUAAAAGACAAGGGGAAGAUUCAGCAAAGCUGAGGAAAAUCCCCAGAGCCGUGUCAGCGCUGAGAAUAGGAAAUUCAUACAGUUUUACCACUGUAACAUAACCUGUGAUCUUCUCAUCAUUUCUACAAAGUGAAAAUAUUUGAACUUUAAUGUAUAAAAAUGGAGCACUCUCAAACGCUCUUCUUUUGUUUCUCACAUUUUAACUUUCAACACAUAUCUGAAAACAUCCCGGAAAACUGAUCUGUACAAGCUAAUCAUCACUGAAGAGUGUCAAAUUCAUUGUGCACUAAAGCAAACCUUCCUUCUGUGUGAGCCAAUAAAAGAAAAGCUUUCUGCCAAACACCUACGAAGAGAUGGCUAUCAUCACAUGGGGAUUUGAGGAACUGCUCUAUGGCACAUUCAUGAUGGAAAAAGGAGAAAAUUCACUAUCAUGAUGUCACAGAAGUCAUGAUAAUAGAGUGAAGAAGAAAAUUGUGAUUAGUUGUCAUCUAUGCUUGCACACUAGACACCUGCGUCAUUAGUAUAGACAAACCCUAAGCAAACACACAGUUCUUCCAUGAGUUCCCAAAUCCUAUGCAGAGGCUUACAGAUGUAACACAAAGAUCAUUUUAUAGCCUGUCUCUCCGAGCCAUUGAUAAUCAGUCUUUAAGGGGAAAAAAAAACAUUUUUUUGUGUGUGUGAAUUUACAUUGUGAACCAUUAUUUGACAAUGACAACUUCUCUAGAAAGAAUCAUGCCAGCAAAUGACACAUGUAUCGGGUUAGAUGGAGAUAAUACAGAUUUUCGGUACUUUAUCUAUGCAGUUACGUACACUGUCAUUCUUGUGCCAGGUCUUAUAGGGAACAUUUUAGCUUUGUGGGUAUUUUAUGGUUAUAUGAAAGAGACCAAAAGGGCUGUGAUAUUUAUGAUAAACUUAGCCAUUGCUGACCUAUUACAAGUUCUCUCCCUGCCAUUGAGGAUUUUUUACUACUUGAAUCAUGACUGGCCAUUUGGACCUGGACUCUGUAUGUUCUGUUUCUAUCUGAAGUAUGUUAACAUGUAUGCAAGCAUCUACUUCUUGGUCUGCAUCAGUGUACGGCGAUUUUGGUUUCUCAUGUACCCCUUUCGCUUUAAUGACUGCAAACAGAAAUACGACUUAUACAUCAGCAUUGCUGGAUGGAUGAUCAUCUGCCUUGCCUGCUUACUUUUCCCUUUCCUUAGAAUCAGUGAUGACACUCCAGGCAACAGAACUAAAUGCUUUGUGGAUCUUCCUACCAGGAAUAUCAAUCUAGCCCAAUCUGUUGCCAUGAUGACUGUUGGCGAGUUGAUUGGGUUUGUUACUCCUCUUCUGAUUGUUCUAUAUUGCACCUGGAAGACGGUUUUAUCAUUGCGAGAUAAAUAUCCUGUGACUCAGGACCUUGGAGAAAAAAAGAAAGCCUUGAAGAUGAUUCUGACCUGUACAGGGGUAUUCCUAAUUUGCUUUGCACCUUAUCAUUUCAGUUUUCCUUUAGAUUUUCUGGUCAAAUCCAACGAGAUUAAAAGCUGCCUAGCCAGAAGGGUAAUUCUAAUAUUUCAUUCUGUGGCAUUGUGUCUUGCUAGCUUGAAUUCCUGCCUUGACCCAGUUAUAUACUACUUCACCACUAAUGAGUUCAGGAGACGGCUUUCAAGACAAGAUUUGCAUGACAGUAUUCAACUCCACACAAAAUCCUUUGUUAGCAACCACAUCAUUUCUACCACAGCAACUGAAUUAUGCUAAAUAGACAAUUUCCCUGAAUGUGGUCUGGAAUGAAAGCACACAUUUGCAGUACACCAGGCUAUAGCAAAGUACACAUGAAGCAUUCUGUUUUCAGUUAUUUUCUGUCUUAACUACAUGGAAGACUCACAUUUUCAUGUAGGACUUUUUGGAGCAUUAUACUCCACCAUCAUUCAUAUUAAUGUGUCCUUGUAGUAAUUUGUCAACAAAUAUUUAUGUCUUAAACUAUAAAAGUCCCUUAAACUAUAAAAUAUUUUAUACAUAUACGCUGUCAGCCAGGAUCAGCAUAUAAUGUGUGAUACAGAAAGAAUCUUUCACAGAGAGAUCACUAGCUUGGGACCACCACGAGCAUGUAGUUUUGUUACAAUGGAUACGGAGUCUCUUUAUCCAGUGGAAAUGUCAUUGUCUGCUUAUACUAGUAAUCACACUUUACGCUCCAGUAUCACAUUUGGGGUUUAUUUUAAGGAUGAUGAGCAGCAUAUGACUCUAUAAAAUAUUGUAAAUAUCAAUAAUUUUUAUUUCUUAUGUAUGUUCGAAUACUGGGGUUGAAAUGUCAACUAGAUAUAUUCUUCAUUCAAUGUCAAUAUGAAGCAUUAUCUGUCACACCUAUUCAUUGAAUGGAUGCCUUGAUUCAAACCUCUGGUAUGCUUAAAGAAAAUACACAGAUUCACAUACAAUAUCUCUCCAUGACUGUAUAAGAUGCCAAGAUGCCAUUUGAAUCUACUGAGGACAUGUAGUUUGCCAAAAUCCAUACAAAGUGACCUAACUGGCAUCUAGCACAGGGAAAAGCAAAUUGUCACCUAUUAGUGAUGAUCAGAAUUCUGAUUCUCAUGACUUCCUAUCAUUCCUGGAGAUGUAUGGACUUUUACAGUAAAGGGAGUUUUCAUUAUGCUCUUUGAGUAAAACCAAGGUAAUUCAGAUUAUUGCACUUUCUGAGCCUACGGAAGUAGUGCACUAAUUACUAAGCUUUGAUCAGAGUAACAAAAUGAUGCCAAGUUGAGUAAAUUUCUCCAAUCCUCACCAUGUUGUAUUUCUUAAUGUUGGAGUCGGUGCCGAUUGUCAAAUGACCUAUAUAGCAAGAGUAGGAUUUAUAAGCAGUAAGUGAUGUAGACCCUAGAGUUCGCAUUGAUCUCUAGGCCAAAUGUGACUGAGUGAUAGCAUUUUGAAGCCUGCACACCUUAUCUCUUAGUAGCUAGUGAAGAUAAUUCUUAACCUUUCAAGGAAAGUGCAGAAGGUCCCUUCUGGCAGCCCUGGGUAUUCCUUUCAAAGCCUGUCCUGCUACUUGUUUGGUAAUAUUGUAAAAGAAAUAAACCUCAGGAUAAAACAUGAGGUCAUAAGUAUUAAUUGAAACAUUUUUUUAAAAGCUCUAACUUUAAAAAAAUUGUUGUACUUAAGAUCUGUGUGCUGUAUAAUGAAAUUGAAUUCUAUUCCUCACCUAGACGGACUGUAGAAACCAUUCAUGGGUUUCAUCAUAUUUCCAAGAGGUUAGUUCUAGAUACUGAAUUAUAAUACUAAUGCGCUUUGUGGGGAAAGUGGUAAAAGUAAAAUUAAUUGUUAUAUAUGAGAUUAAUAGAAUGUUUUUUUUAUUCUCUGGACAAUUGUUGAAUUGACUCAUAGCUUACUAAAAUAUACUAAUAGAAAAACUGACUUUGUGCUGCUAGUGAUAGUUUAUCUAUGUAUCUUCUCAUUAUUCCUUAUAAAGUUCAUGUUGCGAUGUGUUAAAACAGUGGUAAAAGGUAUUUUUAAAAGGUUACUGAAACCAUGUCUCGUCUGUUUGCUUUAAGAUAACUAUGUUUGACUGCAAUUUAGUGUUGUUAAAAGAUUGUAUGUAAUACUUCUGGGGAAUUGUGAACCACUUGUGGCUACUUGUAAUCGGAGCACCUUGUCUGUACUAUCUUUACUUACCAUUUUGGAUAUUAGUAUGAAUUACAGUCCUUAGGGCUAAUUGGGAAGACCAUUGAUUUAAUUUUAUUAAUCGACUGGCUUAAUAUUAAAGCUAUAUAUUUUCUUCUGAAGGGGAGAAAAAAAAACUGAUUUUCGUAGGAGGAUGGCUGAGGCUGGUGCCUAUUUAUGAAGCAGCACUUCUACACAUUUAAGCAAAUGGAUAAAUGGUCAGUGUCCUUUUUUCUCCCCAGGCCUGCCCAUCUAGAUUUGUAUUCGUUGCUUUCUUUUACUUCACCCAAGUCUGUGAGCCAUUAAAGCUUUGUCUUAGACUCUGUCUCUUGCUUUUCAAAGUAGUGCUCUGAUCAACCUGUUGAAAUUAAGAUGCUAAUGAGUAAUGUUAGCUUGGUUUUAAUUUAUCCACAGGCAUAUGAAUUCCAGGCCUUAUGACCAGGCAUUAAAUCAAAGCAGUGACCUUCAAGGGAAAGACUAUAAAUACUGACAUACUGGGAUGGGGAUCUAUUUUAAAGAAAGUGAAUCUAACAGUGUUGCCUUUCAGAUUAGCUCUAAUAAGUGAUCAACUAGAUUUCUUAUCAUAAAGGAUAUGCUGAAUUUUAAGAAACAUGUCCACAAGCACAGCUACAGAUCCUUUUAGAUCACAUCUUGUUUCUUUUUCCUUUUGCUUUGUCCCUUCCAAUGCCGGGCCUGAUUUCCGGGAAAAGUGUUAACUAGGAGACAAGUACUACUAUAAGCUGCUGUCCAGAGAGUGGCCUCCUCUCUGAGUCUCCUUUCCUUGUAAACUCCUCAGACCUCUUAUUUAUGUAUUUCUAGGGUCCACGAAAUUGCAGUACAAAACUAAACAAUUCAAUCACAGCAAAGAAGAAUUCAGGAUAAAUUAUGUCAUGUUGCCUAUAUAAAGUUACUUGAAUUUCUAUUCUGAAGUACAAAGAUAAUUAUUCAUAUGAGUGUGAUUUUGAAUAUGGGGUAAUUUUCAUAUCAUUUUAUUCCGUGAUUGUUACUGUUAUUUAUUAUUUUCAAACUGUUUUAUGUUUUUAUUAUCACUCUGUUAAGCAGCAAAUCUGAUUAACUGCUAAUUCCACAAAGAGGACACGUUUGUCCCAGGAAUAA